AUGGCGCCACCGAGGAGGAAGACGAGAGGCUCGUUCGAGAAGGAACGUACAACAGAGCCACGUUAUUCCUAUCGACAACAUCGUAAACAGCCAGAGCUUCCACGUCGAGCGCAGACCCGGCAGCCUUUUGACGUGCCAGAAUUGGUCUACAGACUGUUGAACGCCGAUAAACAUAACCAAGGUACCGCAUUUUAUCCGUGGCUCUCGAAAUAAUUUCAGAGCACCGACGGACAGGAUCGAUACCGCGGAAAAAUGCGGGAAUAUCAAAAUCGUCGAGAGCCCUUGUACGAUACUUCUUCCCUUCGUGAGAGCACGGAAUCCAUCGGGGAGUCCGAGUACACAAAAUCCGUAGCAACGUCUAUGGAGAACCUGUCCAGGGUGAUGGACGCCACAAAUAGCUCGAGGGCCACGGGUUCUGAGAACAGUAGCGUAUCAAAUAUCUCCGUGGAACCGAUUACGUUGGGCAGCUCGAUCGAUAAUACCAGGUCGCUACUGAAAAAAAAAUCUCUCGUGCAGAUCAUCAACAAUUACAUCAGGGCGGGCAUCGAGGAAGGCAAGCGACAAGCCAAGAAGUAUAUCCGCAAGGCGUUAUCGUUCGGCGUGAAAUCGGGUUACCUAAUCCCGACGGAUCCGCAGGGUCAAGUAAUUCGCGUGUCCCCGACGCUGGUGGAAUCGAGGAGAAGCGAUCCCGAGUCGCGCAGGAAACGGAGGAGGGCUCGAAAGGGCGAGGAGGACCUUCCGUUCGUCGAUCGGAGGGAGCGUCGUCGGGGAACCCCGCCCUUGAUCACGAAGAAGAAGCCUCGUCGGGAGGAAUCGCCCGAACCGGCAGUCCCGCGGAAACGAAGAAGAACCUCCGCGUCGAAGAAACCAGAAACUCAUCUGAAACUCGCGUACAUGAAUCCUAAAAAGAUGGCCGCGACCCCGGGUCGAACAAAGAAGAAACAAACGGGAGCCAAGAAAAACAAUGCCGCUGGGAAGAAAAAUAGGAGGGUGUCUCAGAAGCUUGUUGCCCCGGCGAACAAACGGGAGAACGCCAGGAGGAUUGUAAGGGAGACGCGUAGCAGGCAGAAAAACGACACGAUCGAGGAAAGGGGGAGUCGCAAGAGUCGAGCGACGAAGUCCCCGUACAAAAACGUAAAGGAUAAAUACGAGGAUAGCGCCAGACAGGAUCGUCAAGAUUUAACGGACGACGACGAGGGUAGCGUCAAGUCGAGCGAUAACGAACCUAAUGAGAGAACGGUGACGGAGCGACGAAAAUCGGCGUCCAGUCAGGAGGAUCUUCAGCAAGACGUAGAUGAAGCACCCGGAAAUCCGGCGCGAGAAGUCGACGAGAAAUUGGAAUCUCCGAACGACGAUCGCGACAAGGGCGUCAACGAGACCGUAGAUUAA